CAUGGACGGACUUCGCAAAGACUUUACUCCGUGGGGGAGGAAAACGAGUCAACCGAGAGCGACACCCUCUUCUUUGUUUCGUGUUCUCUCGAAUUGAGACAAUUGGGUCUUGGGCAGAACUCCAGAAGGGCCAUGGAGUCAACCAUCUUCCUCCCCGCAUGAGCUAUCUGGAAUUCCACCCAUGAGCUGAGAAGCAGUACCAGGAAUUAAGGAAUGUUAAAUGGAAAAAUCCAUGGGAAGCAAGGGCAAGAAUCUCGCGAGAUUAGUCGAAGAAAAAGCUUGUUCAAAGAAGUUGCAGCAAGAGGAAGAACAGAGGCGAAUUCCUUAUCUUCCAAAAGACUGCAUUGCUAACAUCCUCAUCCGUCUCCCUCACAAUUCCCUCCUCAAGUCGAUGCUUGUUUGCAAGUCUUGGAGAAACAUUAUAAAGAGCCUCAAUUUUGUUCAUGACCAUCUUCAUCGGUCUGACACCGUCCUGAUUUUUCGGUCUUGGCUUCCGAGAUCUCACAAUUAUUACUCCAGUUUAACAUCCAGACCAAAUGAAAACCCAAACUCUUUCUCAAUUGAAGCAAACUAUAUGCAAUCACAGAACAUUCCCAUCUUAACUCGGCCUACCAUCAAUUAUUCAAGUGCAUCCUAUGUCAAGUUUAUGGAAUUUAGCAAUGGGAAGUGCGAGGAAGGAGACUACAAGAUAAGCUGCUUGGGCAUGAUAAGAGCGACUUGCGAUGGUUUAAUCCUGCUAGACAACAGGAUGAAGAAAGGUGGGUUAAUAGUCUUGAAUCCUGUGACCAGAAAGCUGGACCCGCUUCCAUUAGGCACUCUCUGUCCUUCGCAUAAUGAAUCUUAUGGUUUCGCCUUGAGCAAGGUCUCUGGGGUAUAUAAGGUGGUGCACUUGUUCAGAGACGAGCUGGACUUCUUCCAUUGUGAGAUUCUUAGUCUCGGAACCAGAGUGUGGUGGCCGGUUUACGACCCGGAACCUGGGCUAUUUGGUUGGCUAGGGUACAGACCAGUUUUCGCGAUAGGAUCUCUGCACUGGGUUCCUUUCGUUGAUCACAGUGAUUACAUAGUGUCCAUGGAAUUAAACAGCCAGAAGUUUCACAAAGUAUCACUCCCUACAAGUUGCACAACACAUGACCGGAUUCUCGAGAUGCACGGUUCCUUGUGCUUCAUUGCUCAUGAAGAGAUGACCCAGAUCAACAUCUGGAUGUUGGAGGGAUUGUCAGGACAUGUGUGGAAGCAGACGUUUUCCAUCACCACAGGUUGUAUGUUUGACAUGGUUCCGCUAUUGAGUUUGAAGACGAGCGGAGACAUCAUUUUCGAGCGCGACGAAGAUUACUCGCUGUACCGAUAUCAUUUCGAGCUCAAAGAAAUGAGGAGGAUCGAGGUGCAAGAAAACUGCGCCAUGUCGUCGAAUUCAUACUUUGCCCAUGUCAAUAGCUUCAUCUCUUGGUGAUGCCGCGGUGAAGACGCCGGCUUUGCUGCAACAAAUGCGUCUCGUCAAUGGAGGUCUGAUAUAAUGCUACUACUACUUCUAGCAGCAUAUAUGAUUUGAUGGGGAUUGAGACCCAUGUGAUGGUUUGUUGAUUAGAGUCAUUGCUGAAGCUCAUUUUGUUGUAUAUACAUGCUUCACUAGGCCUGGUUUGGUCCACACUGAGGCAUUAACUAGCCCUCAGAACUCACCAGCGUGUGCCGUCACUGUUGUGUCUUUCUUUUUGAGCGAACCUGAGUAUUGUUGUAAAAAUCAAACAUCAUUGCUUGAAACAUGUCUGAAAUCUGUCUGAA